AUGGCUGAACAAAUUAGUCAUAAUCGAUCAUUAGGUGUUAAAAAACUAAAUGAGGAUAAGAAACGUCUUUUAAAAGAAUAUUAUAAAUUAUCAGAUGAAAUCGACACUAAUGCAGACAAUGAUGGUGUUGCUUCGUCUUCUACCGAAGGGGACAUUGCAACUACAUCUUCAACAGAAAUACCAGACAACAACGAGAAUGAUGUAACGUCAAUUGAAUCAUCGAAUACUGAUCCAGAGAGACAAAUUAAUGAAAUGACAUUGCAACAAAUUUUACAAAUCCAUAAUCGGUUAGUUGGUCAAGAGAUUGAAAUGAGUAACUCUAUCAAGAACACAAUAUAUGAUAAUUAUUACGAUCUGGUGAAAGUUAAUACUUUAUUACAGGAUAUUGUGCAAAGAGACAGCAGUACAACAACUGAUCAACAAAACAACAAUACUAAUCCAACAAAGGAGAAUCGAAUUGCAGCCCUAUUAGGGCAACUGCGAACCCUAUCCGAACCCUAA